CUCGUUGAACGCCAGCGCAUCACCCAGCAUCCACUUACAUUCGAACGGCACUGACCGCCUGCUAACGACCCCAAACGACCGCCGCCAUGUUCUUUCACCUCUUCCGCACGCUGUUUUACGUCGCCUUGUGGCUUUUCUCAGCAGUUCUUCUUGGCUUAACGGCGGACAGGAUACAUUACACGGAGCAUAUUCCCUUUGGGGAUCCUCUCAACGGAGGAAAGGACUUCUAUGACCCCAUCGUCGCCGAACUGCUCGUCACCUCUAUCCUGACCAUCUUCUGGGUGCCAUUCGUCGUUCACCGCAUCCAUCGCCGCUACGAGAACGGUUUCUUUUCUACCUUCGCAGCGGAACUUAUUGGCCUCAUUGUCUUGUUCAUACUCUGGCUCGUCGGCGCAGCAAUCGCAACACACUUCUGGGGAGACCUACAUUGGUGCUGGAGCUUCCACGCCUGCCGCAUUCUGACUACGCUCGUCGCGUUUGCAUGGCUGGGCACGAUCAUGCUUUUCCUGCUUACGCUCAUCACGCUCUCCUUCGCCUGGAUGAACCACGCCUUCCGCCAGCCGAUGCACGGCCGAUACUACUCGCGCGACAGCAGGGUGUACUGAACGCCUUACCGAGGAACACCCGAAUGAGCAUGACGCGGACGAUACAUAGACGAAGCAAGGACAUCGCACAAACGGAGUGUUUUGCCCUAACUGUAAUGGAUUUGCUUUGAUUGGUUGACAUAGCUGGAUUCAGGCCUCGGUCUCCAGGGUUGCAGAGCUGUAUGAUCGCUCCCAGCCCAUGAGUUGUAUUCUAACAUCUUGCGUGGCGCUUCUGUAAUGGCUAUUUUAUUCUGCCCGUACUCGAAUCCUCUUGCCC